CUUGCCUAUGAUCAGCCAGCCGAACUGUCAGUGUCAACUAGUGUCAAGGCAUUGUCAGUUUUGAAAUUGGAUUGUUGAUUGCUAGAAAUCCAAAAUGCAACCGCAGAUCCUAGUUCUGAAGGAGGGUACGGACCAGUCGCAGGGACGUCCGCAGCUGAUCUCCAACAUCAAUGCAUGCCAGCUUGUUGUUGAUGCGGUACGCACAACACUGGGGCCGCGCGGCAUGGACAAACUCAUUGUGGACCACAGCGGCAAGGCAGUCAUCUCCAAUGAUGGAGCCACCAUCAUGAAACUCUUGGACAUUGUACACCCCGCGGCGAAGACUCUCGUCGACAUCGCCAAGUCGCAAGAUGCUGAGGUGGGAGACGGCACCACUUCAGUGGUGAUCCUAGCCGGGGAGCUCCUUAAGCGGCUCAAGCCGUUUGUCGAAGAAGGCGUGCACCCUCGUAUCUUGGUGCGCGCCGUGCGCUCGGCCGCCAAGCUCGCCGUCGACCGGAUUCGCGAGCUCGCUGUCAAGAUGGAUAACAAGUCGCCUCAAGAACAACGGGACCUGCUCCGCAAGUGCGCCGCCACGGCCAUGGCCUCAAAGCUGAUCCAUAGACAAAAGGACCACUUCUCCGCCAUGGUGGUCGACGCCGUCUUGUCUCUGGACGCCCCUCUGUUGCCUCUGGACAUGAUCGGCAUUAAGAAAGUAUCCGGCGGUGCUUUAGAAGACUCAUUCCUGGUAGAAGGAGUGGCGUUCAAGAAGACAUUCUCGUAUGCUGGCUUCGAGAUGCAACCCAAGAGCUAUGACUCCUGCAAGAUUGCGCUGCUGAACAUCGAGCUCGAGCUGAAGGCGGAAAGGGACAAUGCUGAGGUACGUGUGGACAACGUGAAGGAAUACCAGAAGGUGGUCGACGCCGAAUGGCAGAUCCUGUACGAGAAGCUUGAGGCGCUGCACAAGAGCGGAGCGAACGUGGUGCUGAGCAAGCUGCCUAUUGGGGACGUCGCCACGCAAUACUUCGCUGACCGCGACAUGUUCUGCGCGGGGCGCGUGCCGGACGAGGACCUGCGCCGCACGCAGCGCGCCUGCGGCGGCGCCGUGCUCAGCUCGACCCGCUCCCUCCCCGCCGAGGCGCUCGGCCACUGCGCACACUUCACCGAGAGGCAGAUCGGCAGCGAGCGGUACAACAUCUUCACCGGUUGCCCGGCGGCUAAGACCUGCACGAUGAUAUUGCGAGGUGGCGCCGAGCAGUUCUUGGAGGAGACCGAGCGCUCUCUGCACGACGCCAUCAUGAUUGUGCGCCGCAGCAUCAAGAACGACGCCCUGGUCGCUGGUGGCGGCGCAAUCGACAUGGAGAUCUCCAAGCACCUCCGCGAGUACUCGAAGGGCGUUGCCGGCAAGGAGCAGCUGCUACUGGCCGCCAUCGCCCGCGCCUUCGAGGCCAUCCCGAGGCAGCUGUGCGACAACGCAGGCUUCGACGCCACCAACCUGCUCAACAAGCUGCGCCAGAAACAUCAUCAGGGCGAGAAAUGGUACGGCGUGGACAUUCAGAAGGAGGACAUCGCGGAUAACUUCGCCAGCUGUGUGUGGGAGCCGGCCGUCGUGAAGAUCAACGCGGUUACUGCUGCCUGCGAGGCCGCCGCGCAGAUCCUGUCAGUAGACGAGACGAUCAAGAACGUGAAGGGUGGCGACGCCAUGCCCCAAGCCGGUGGCAUGCCCGCCGGCAUGGGCCGCGGCAUGGGCCGGCCGCGCAUGGGUUAAACUAUUUCAUCGGAUUUUUAAUAGAGUACUUUCUAUUUAUCAUCAUCAUAUCAGCCAGAGGGCGUCCACUGCUGGACGUAGGCCUCCCCCAAAGAGUGCCACAAUGACCGGUCUUGCGCCGCCCGCAUCCAGCGGACUCCCGCGACCUUUACCAGGUCGUCAGUCCACCUUGUGGGGGGUCUACCCACGAUGCCUUCCAGUACGUGGUCGCCACUCGAGAACCUUUCCGCCCCAAUGGCCAUCGAGUUGGCUCUGCCUGAUAUGAUGAUGAUGAUGAUUUUCUAUUUGUCCGUACCGAAAAUCUUCGGGUAUUUUAAUAAAGCCACAAAGCUUUUCAUAACUUUAGUGAGUUUCUGGAAACUUACGUAAAAAAGUUAUAUUUUCUUAAGAGCCCAUCGACGAGCUCACUAGCGCCACUGGUAAAUAAUUGUGAUUAUUUAAAUUUAACGAUAGAUAUUUAAAAAAGGGGCCGCUACGUACUGUAUUUUGUAUUUACGUACCUUUUGAAUACAUUAUAAUAGUUUUUACGUUACUCAGUUCGACAAUAUAUGCGUCCAAAGUUAAAACGGCCGUUUUUGUUUUGAGCUCAUAGAUCGACGAAUCCAGCAACAUAAAAACUAGUUGAUGUAUUCAAAAGGGACUUAAAUACACAAUACAGUACGUAGCGGCCCCCUUUUUUAACCCUUUACCAGGCUAAGGGUUAUAUAUUUCCCACCUACGGCACUUCAAACAUGUGUUCUAUUUUCGACGAGUAAGACUGACAUUCGAUUGUCAUUUUUGAAAUGUCAGCCUGGUAAAGGGUUAAAUAUCUAUCGUUAAAUCGUCGGGUGACAAGCAAAAGUCACUAAGUACUAUCAAAAAAUUUAAGUAACAAUGCGCUUUAUUACACUUAUAACACGGUUUAUUGUCCAAUAAUUUCAAUGGUGUUAGUUAGUGACUUUUGCUUGUCACCCGACGAAAUAUAAAUAAUUACAAUGAUUUACCAGUGGCGCUAGUGAGCACGUUGAUGGGCUCUUAACACAACCAAUAAUUAAACAAUUUAAAGUAUUACCAUUGCUGGUCCAAUAGCUUAUAUUUACUGAAAUGUAAAAUGUUUUAUUUCGUCAGGUGACAAGCAAAACUCACUAAUUACCACCACAAGUUCAUAGCCAUAGUGAACCAUGUUAGUACUCACAUAAGGUUGAUUUUUGUUUAAUAUUAUUUUAGUAAUUAGUGAGUUUUACUUGUCACCUGACGAUUUAUAUUAGCAAUGUCAGAGACUUCGAGUUAAUACAGAUUUUAUUCUGUUGGAAGCAUUUGUUUGAAUUAUUUUAUUAAUGAUAAUAACGCCUUUAGCCUUCACAAAUGUUUAGGAUGUAAGUUAGUUAAUAAAAUGUAACACACUACUA